AUGAUUUCAAGGAGAACAUCAACGCCGCUUCAUCAGGAAGACUUACAAGUCACAACACAGAAGUCAAGGAACUAUGUUAAACGUAAAACUAUCUGUACUAUUGUUGGAGUCGUUAAAGAUGCCGAUUCAAAUAUCCUCCAAGAACCAAAAGAGAAGAUACUCAGUGACUCAGAACUUAAACGACUUUGGAGACUUGUUAAUGCACAUUUACACUCAGAUGGACGUGAAAAUCUUUCAUAUCCAACCGAAUGGAUUUCAAACUCAGAAUCGCAAAAGGUUUUAGACUUAAUACAUUCUCUCUCCGAAUCAGUAAAGAAAAUUAAAAAUGAAACACAAACUGCACAGUAUACAAAAGAAGGUUUAUUGCUAGAUCAGACUGCAGAUCUCAAAGAACAAAUCAGAAAGUUAGAAAGAAAGAUUGAUUAUAAGCAACAACAUCUUUCAGAAAUAGGAACAGAGAUUUCCAAACUAAAACUCGAAAUGGGCAAAGAAAAGAAAUUAUUCAUUCAAAAAGAGAAGCCAAAGCUUGCUCAGUUAGCUAAAUUACAGAAGCGCAUAGAACUCCUCAAAAAAGAGUAA